AUGGGAGAUUGCAGGCCAUUGGGUUUCUUGCUGGGUUUGCCUUUCGCUUUGGUUGCAUUGGUCUUAUCUGUUGUUGGUGCUGUCAUCUGGGUUCUUGGGUCGGUUUUGAGUUGCUUGUGUCCAUGCUGCUGUUGUGUUGGUGGGCUAGCGAAUUUGGCGGUCACUCUUAUCAAGCUUCCUGUAAAAUAA